AUGUCGACUCAGUCAUGUGAUCAGCUGUGUCCAAUCACAGCUGAUCACUGAUCAUCAGGGCACUGAUGAUCAGUGUGCCCUGAUGAUCAGUGUAGCCCCAGCAGUGCCAGCUGUCAGUGUCCAUCAGUGCCACAUCAAUGCCACAUAUCAGUGCCCAUCUGAGCUGCCUUUCAGUGUCACCCAUCAGUGCCAGUCAGUGCCACCUAUCAGUGUUGCCAAUCAGUGCCACCUAUUAGUGCUGCCUAUCAGUGCCAUGUAUCAGUGCUGCCUUUCAGUGCCCAUCAGUGAUGCC